UGUCUUCUAUCAACCUACAUUUUUAGUGGGUAGCGAUUUGAUAAAUGGGCAUUAUCGCAUUUAUGAUUUAUUGUUUUAUAAAUGGGGUCCCCGUCGUCAUUUAAUAAUAAUGAAAACCAAAAUGCCAUAAUUUAUAUGUGAACCAAGGAUUUGUAUGUACACACAUACACACAUAUUUAUGUACACACAUAUUUGUUUGUGUGUGUGUGCUCUCAUCUAUUUGUAUGUGGAUCACCCGCCUUUAAAUGGCCAAGUAAAUAAACAAAUGAAAAUUGUACACUCAGCGGCCGCCAGCGCACAAUAAAAUGUGUGAAAAAUGUGUGCUAAGGAGGCAGUGAAAAAUGCAACGGUAAAAUAAAUAAAUAAAUAAAACCUGAAUCGAGCACUAAAUGUUUACUAUAUAAAAACUAAAACAAAAACAAAUCGAUCAGUGUGUGAAUAAUAUUUGUAUGUAAAUAAUACUGAAAAUAUAAAAAAAAAACAAACCAAAGCAAUUGUAAUUUUCUAAUAAUAUGCAUUUAGCAAACAAGGCCUCUAUAUGAAAAACCAACUAAAAAGUGCAAAACAAUGUCAAGAAUGUUGUCUUAAAUCAAAUGCGUCUGUGGAUGUUGUUGUUGUUGACAAUUGAAAUUAUGAAUCAGCUGCAACUGCAACGUUUAGCGACCAUCUGGUUCUCACUUGGCAUCUGUGGAUUGGCCACAACGCUUGGCUACUUUAUUGAUUAUACAGAGAAUACGGAACUGAUACAACAAAAAGCCGGUUACGAUGUGAGAUUGCAAUGCAACCUAACGGGUCUGGUGGAUGAACGCAAACUGGCGGAUAUUAAGAUACACUGGUACUUCAAGCAAUGCAGCGACAACAAUUGUUAUCAGCUGGAAUCUGGCGAUGAUUGGACAGCUCUGCCCUGCGAAUCCACACUAUGCCGUGCAGAACUGUGGCUGAGAAAUGUAACUGAGCGCUACUCGGGACUCUACAAGUGCAGCAUUAAUCCCCAUGUGUGGGAUGCCUCGCAGGCAGUGGACGUGCAACUGGUGCGCACUUAUCAACUGGAUGUGAAGAAUAGCUCUCUGGCCGCACCCGAGUUUCUUGAUGCCUAUCCCAGCAACAAGACCGCCAAUCAGGACACUCGUGUUGUGUUCCAGUGUCGCGUGCACAGCGAGGAGCAUCUGACAAUAAAAUGGUUUCGCCGGGGAUUUAUGCCCGCUGUCGAAGUGCUUCAGCCUACAAGCGGUGCCUCCUCCAAUUUCAGUGCUCAUAUUGUGCGCUAUAAUGGCAGAACCUAUGAGCUUCUCGCGACAUCGCCCGAGAAGCUCAUCAGUCCACAGAUCUAUCUCAGCAAGCUGAUUCUGAAUAGUGUCCGACUAAGGGAUGCAGGUUAUUAUGCCUGUGUGGCAAUUAGCUAUCGUGGCCAUAAGAUACGUGAGGCGUAUCUGGAAGUACUGACACCCGAUGACGACCUGGAGUACUGGGAGGAAUAUAACAGCAGUGAUGAGCUAGUCACCGACGACGCCAGCGAUCCGAACGAAUUCCUGCUGCUCUUCCUCAUGCCCCUGGGGCUGGCCCUGCUGCCACUCAGUGUUUGGGGUGGAUACUUGAUAUACAAACGUUGCAGCAAGCACACCGAGUGCGAGCGAAUAGAGCAGCAGUAUUCCGAUGAAGAACUGGAUACGGAACGAUAUGUCCUCGGCGGCAGUUGACAAUUUUCGGGCCUAAAAAAUACGCUUACAAAGAGUGGGACUAAAGACUGUACUUAAAUUUAAGGCUUAUAAUAAUAUAUCUAUGAUACAAUAGAGUGCAAAAUAUAAGAGCUAUUUUAA